AUGGGUAUAGUACCGGCACUGGUUCGGCAAACGGGUAUACCGGCACACCCCGGUCAACCGAUCACCUUUAUAAGAAGAUUCCAUAAUCAACAAUCAUAUAAGAUACUUCGUGUUCGGGUCACACUAUUCAGCGAUCUCAAGGCGAUAUUACGAGAACAAAAACCGGAAGAGACCAGUGGUUCAGUGAGCGGUGAGCCGGCUCAAACUAUCGCUAAGCUCUACAAGGAAGAAAUUCAAAUGGUUGAAGAUCUUCUCACGUGUUUACAUAAGAUCCACCCGGAUGAAACACCGCUUAGCCAUCGCCUCACUUUUGGGAUUGUCAUGCUUAUCGUCACAUUCACAUCGUUAGCCAUGAACAUUGUGAUUACGAUUAUAAUAUUUCGGACAAAUGCUGUGGAAAAAUUAGUUCGACCGUAUAUAUUCGGUAUGGUAGCUGCUAGUGUUAUUUUUCUGUUGACAAAUUGCUGGGCGCUGUUACCGACGAUACUGUUCAAUCUUCACAUCAAUGAUCCAUAUAAUGCCAUUUUGGCAACGCCAAACUCGAUCGGUUAUCUAAUGAUAAUGUUUACCACGACAACAAUGGCUUUUGAUCGAUUUUUAAUUUUCUUCGCACCUAAGGUGAUUCAAUUCCUUCUGAUAUGCGCUGCUCAAUUCGCAAGCAGCGUAGCGUUCUACGUUCUACCACCGAUAGCUGGAGGUCAUGAUAUUGCCUUCUAUAUGACGGCAAUCUUCUCAACGUUGAACACAAUGACAAAUCCAUGUGUUAUAUUUGUUUUUCAACCAAGAGUACGAAAAGCUGUUCAUUUAUUCACUACGGGAAAAUUAGGAGACGUCAGCACUGUGGUCAGUAAAGUGCCGACUGCCGUAUCCAAGUUCUGA